AUGAGCUCUCAAGUAGGUGAAAUCGAUGAGAGUCUUUACUCCAGACAAUUAUACGUCCUAGGUAAAGAAGCGAUGCUAAAGAUGCAACUAUCAAAUGUCCUGAUUAUUGGUAUGAAAGGUCUUGGUAUAGAAAUUGCUAAAAAUGUUGCUUUAGCUGGUGUGAAAUCCCUUACUUUAUAUGAUCCAACUACAAUCACUAUUCAAGAUUUAUCAACUCAAUUUUUCUUCUCAGAAAAGGAUAUUGGUAAGAAAAGAGAUGUUGUAUCUCAAGCUAAAUUAGCAGAAUUAAAUGCUUAUGUACCAAUUCAUAUCUUAGAUUCAAUGGCAGAUGAACAUCAAUUACAUGCAUACCAAGUUGUUGUAGCUACAGAAACUGUUUCUUUAGAGGAUAAAGUUAAAUUAAACAAUUAUGCUCGUGAACAUGGAAUCAAAUUUAUCUCCACUGAGACAAGAGGUCUAUUUGGUAAUGUCUUUGUUGAUCUAGGAAAAGAAUUUACUGUCCUAGAUAUAACUGGUGAAGAACCAAAGACAGGUAUCGUUUCCGAUAUCGAGCCUGAUGGAACUGUAACCAUGUUAGACGAUAACAGACAUGGUCUAGAAGAUGGCGAUUUUGUAAAAUUUUCAGAGGUACAAGGUUUAGAACAACUGAAUGAUGGUACACCUUACAAAGUUGAAGUGUUAGGUCCCUUUGCCUUUAGAAUAGGCUCUAUGAAACGUUUUGGUGAAUAUAAGAAAGGUGGUAUCUUUACACAAGUUAAAAUCCCACAAAAUAUUACAUUUAAAUCUUUACAAGACAAUUUAACUGAUCCAGAGUUUGUCUUUUCGGAUUUCUCAAAAUUCGAUAGAUCUAGUCAAUUACAUUUAGGUUUCCAAGCUUUACAUCAAUUCCAAAUUAAACAUCAAGGUGAAUUGCCAAGACCAAUGAACCUAGAAGAUGCAAAUGAAUUGGUUAAAUUGACAAAUGAUUUAUCUGCUCAAGAACCAAAUGUCUUUGGUGGUCCAGAAACUAAAGUAAAUGAAAAAUUGAUCCAUGAAUUAUCUUUCCAAGCUAGAGGUGAUAUCCCAGGUGUCGUUGCAUUCUUUGGUGGGUUGGUUGCACAAGAAGUUUUGAAGGCUUGUUCUGGUAAAUUCUCUCCAUUGAAACAAAUUAUGUAUUUCGAUUCUUUAGAAUCCCUACCAGAUUCAAAGAACUUCCCAAGAACUCCAGAAAAUACAAAGCCAAUUAAUUCUCGUUAUGAUAAUCAAAUUGCUGUAUUUGGUCUAGAUUUCCAAAAGAAAAUUGCCAAUUCAAAGGUUUUCCUUGUCGGCUCUGGUGCAAUCGGUUGUGAAAUGUUAAAGAAUUGGGCUCUUUUGGGUCUAGGCUCUGGUGAUAAUGGUCUUAUUGUCGUCACUGACAAUGACUCUAUUGAAAAAUCCAAUUUAAACCGUCAAUUCUUAUUCAGACCAAAGGAUGUUGGUAAAGAUAAAUCUAGUGUUGCAGCUGAGGCCGUUGCCGUUAUGAAUCCAGCUCUAAAGGGUAAGAUUAAGCCAAUGACCGAUAAGGUAGGUCAAGAUACAGAAGAAAUAUUUGAUGAUGCAUUCUGGUCUCAACUUGAUUUUGUUACUAAUGCACUUGAUAAUAUUGAAGCACGUACUUAUGUUGAUCGUCGUUGUGUGUUUUUCCAAAAACCUUUAUUGGAAUCCGGUACUUUGGGUACUAAAGGUAACACCCAAGUGGUCAUUCCAAGAUUAACAGAGUCCUAUUCUUCUUCAAGAGAUCCUCCUGAAAAAUCUAUCCCAUUAUGUACUUUACGUUCAUUCCCAAGUAAAAUUGAUCACACAAUCGCAUGGGCUAAAUCAUUAUUCCAAGGUUAUUUCUUUGACACACCGGAAAACGUUAACAUGUAUAUUUCUCAACCUGACUUCAUAGAUCAAACUUUGAAACAAAGUGGUGAUGUCAAGGGUAUCCUUGAAUCCAUUGCUGACUCUUUAUUAAAGAAACCUGAAAACUUUGAAGAUUGUAUUAGAUGGGCCCGUUUGGAAUUCGAAAAGAAAUUUAGUUAUGAUAUCAAACAAUUACUAUACAAUUUCCCAGCAGAUGCAAAGACCUCGAAUGGUGAUCCAUUCUGGUCUGGUUCUAAGCGUGCACCAACACCAUUGGAAUUUGACAUUAACAAUCCUGAACAUGUUGGCUUUGUAGUUGCCGGUGCAAACUUACGUGCCUUCAAUUUUGUUUUACCAAGUAGCGACAACCUAAGAGGUUCCCCAGAUAUGGCACUAUAUAAGAAGAUCAUUGGCUCUAUGACGAUUGCUCCUUUCACUCCAAAUGUUAAUCUAAAAAUUCAAGUUAACGAUGAGGAUCCAGAUCCAAAUUCUGAUAACCCGAUGGGAGAUGAAAUUGAUACUUUAACUGCUUCUCUACCAGACCGCUCUUCAUUAAAGAACUUCAAAUUAGAACCCGCUGAAUUCGAAAAGGAUGAUGAUGCCAAUUAUCAUAUAGAUUUUAUUACGGCGUGUUCCAAUUGUAGGGCAUUGAAUUAUUCUAUCGAAGUCGCUGAUCAUCAAAAGACCAAGUUUAUCGCCGGUCGUAUCAUCCCUGCUAUUGCAACCACUACCGCUUUGGUGGCUGGUUUGGUUAACUUGGAAUUAUACAAGGUUGUCGAUGGUAAGACUGAUAUUGAACAAUACAAGAACGGUUUCAUUAAUUUAGCAUUAUCAUUCUUCGGAUUUUCAGAACCAAUUGGUUCUCCAAAGGGAAAAUACAACGACAAAGUAUAUGAUAGAAUAUGGGACAGAUUUGACAUCCAAGGUGACAUAACUCUUGGUGAUUUAGUAGAGCAUUUCGAAAAGGAAGAAGGCCUUGAAAUCACUAUGCUAUCUUAUGGUGUUUCUCUAUUAUAUGCAUCUUUCUUCCCUCAAAAGAAAUUAAAGGAAAGAAUGUCGCUACCAAUUUGCAAAGUUGUUAAACUAGUAACCAAACAAGAUGUUCCAGCUCAUGUUCGUACUAUGAUUUUGGAAAUUUGUGCUGAUGACAAGAAUGGGGAGGAUGUUGAGGUUCCAUAUGUAACUAUUCAUUUAUAA